AUGAACGUCCGACACGAUCAUAUAGCGGUGUACACUUUUGUGGUGUUUUUGUUUUCGUUCAGUUUGUUCUGCUACGGAUUUUUCCCUUUAUCCUUUUCUCCUUCGACGAAGGCCUCCUUUGACGAGCUACCUCAAACUAUCGGGAAUGCAAGUUUCAAUGGCACCGAUUACAAACCCCGUAUUUCAAGAGCCAUCCUGAUGGUGAUAGAUGCCCUGCGGAUGGAUUUUGUGGUGCAGGAAGAAAACUUCCAAUUCCUCAACCAACUCCUCAGCGAUGGUAAAGCAUGCCUGUACCGUCUGCAGGUCCAUCCGCCGACGGUGACAAUGCCGCGUAUAAAGGCGAUGACAUCCGGUGCCAUUCCCAGCUUUCUGGACGUGAUUCUCAACCUGGGCAGUCCAGAAAUGCAGCUAGACACCUUUCUGUACCAGAUGAAGCAACGGCAGCAGAAAACCGUGUUCUAUGGUGACAACACGUGGACUAACAUGUUUCCGAACACUUUUCAUCGUCGGGGUGAGAAUACGGAUUCGUUGUAUGUUAACGAUUUUUAUAAGGGUGAUCAAAACAUAACAAAGCUUCUAAAUAUGGAACUUCAGAUGUACGAUUGGAAGCUCAUGAUUCUCCACUAUCUUGGAUUAGAUCAUAUUGGACACGUGGAAGGUCCUUACAGUGAUAAAGUGCCGGGGAAGCUACAGGAAAUGGAUACAGUUAUUAAAACCAUCCAUCAAACCAUGGACAAAUGGAAACAAAAGUAUUACACUAAGCCAUUGCUAAUUAUUACCGGUGAUCAUGGUAUGCGUGAUUCCGGCGGGCAUGGAGGCUCAACGCACCCGGAAACAAUUGUGCCGGUCGUAAUUGUAAGCGAUCAAUGUGCGAAGAGUGAAGAUACAUUCCUGCAAAUCGAUCUUGCACCCAGCAUGUCCAUCCUAAUGGGUGUUGCAAUACCGUACGCGUCCAUCGGUUCCAUGAUUGAUCCUGCCCUAAAGAUGUUACAUCGAAGGGAUAUGCUUUAUGCGCUGUAUUACAACACUCAAAGACUGGCCUCCAAAGUGGAAGCUAUAUUAAGGGAUACAUUUCAACAAACUGAAGUCCACAAAUCAUACGAAGAAGCGAAAAACCUGCAUCAACUAUUUCUGCAGGAUACGACUGAUGUUUCCGCCUACAAACGUGCCCUUCUGCUUUACACAUCCGUGUCGAAAAACCUAACUCAGCUGCUUAUUUCCAGCUACAUACGAUACGAUAUCGUGUUCAUCCUUGUUGGAACGAUUAUGGCACUUUUAUGUGCGGCCAUUGCAAUCACCCAACUACUGCAGCACGACACCACAGCAACCGCGUUACCUUUGCACCCAAAACUGUUUCCCAGCAUCAAUUGUGUGCUGUUGAGUUUUCUGCUGCUGAAGCUUUUGUCGUUUGAAAAGGAAUCCGUCCAGGAGGCGACACAUACAUUUCACGCCGUAAUAGUCCUGCUGUCUGUAGUGUAUUUCACUCUCUGGGUGAUAUUGACCCAUUUGCUGAAGGGUGUAAAAGCACCCGCUGUGAUGUGGUUCCUUGAUGGUACAUCGUUUCUGUCACCAUUCAUUUGGUGCGGUGUAGGUUUCCAUUGCAUUUCUCUCGCAAGCAGUUCUUUCGUCGAGGAAGAACAUCAAACGUGGUACUAUUUUACCAGCAGCGUUAUGGUGCUGCUCACGCUGAAGCAGCUGAACGUAAUGAACAGUACGAUCGGUGUGAUUAAGCACACCAAAACCGAUCCAUCGCUGGUGGAAGUGUGCAAGGAAGAGCGUAGCAUAUUCUGUGUCGCUUCGAUAGCCUUCGUCUGCAUUCACGUGCUUGUACGGCGCUUUAAUCAAACGGGUGACAAAUGGCAACAUAUUCCCGAUGUUGGCGAUUGGUUAUCGAAGGAUGAGCAUAAGGUUUGGCUUAGUAUAACCAUGUUCGUUGGCUUGUGUUACUUGGUGUAUCAAAUUUGCUACAUGGCAGGAUUGCUUACCACCGUACUGUCGAUGACUGCGUCCAUGCUCAUCUACUACUACCGUGCAGCGUCUGGCACUGUGAGCAUCUUCGGACUAAGCGCAUCCAACUCGUCCAUUUGUCUCACGAUAUUUUGGAUCAAUUUGGUGGAAAUAUUCUUCAUCGGAUUCCUACCCAUGAUGUACCGUGCGAUUGUGACACGCACCACUCCAACGCGCUCCAGUGAACUGUACAGUAACUGCAUUAUCAUGGUUGCAUUACUGUCUGCCUUGUUGCACAAACCACACAACGUGCUGCUAGUGGGCACUCUUUUUGCUACGAGUAGAUUUCUAACGGAGCGCAUAGAUCGCAUCGCGGACGAUAAGUACUGUAGCGUAAUGCUGAAAGUUAUUACCCAUUAUUGGCUAGGAAAAACAUUCUACUUCUAUCAGGGCAACUCGAACAGUUUGGCUACAAUCGAUCUCAAUGCCGGGUACGUGGGACUGAACAAGUUCGAUAUCAUUCGAGUCGGAUUGUUCCUGACGCUUCAUACCUUUAGUGCGCCUAUUUUAAGCUUUCUGCUACUGCUUCAUCACAUUUUCUUGGACAAUGAGCGGGACGUUAGGCAACAACACCGGUCCGAAACGAGGAACAACAUACGGGAGCGGAUUCUUACCCUGCUAAACGUUCUUAUUACGGUACCAGUGAGUUUUUUCCUUGCGGUAGCCACAAUAUUGCGCGAUCACAUAUUUGUGUGGACCGUAUUUUCGCCAAAGAUCAUCUAUGAGUACUUUACCGUGUGGUUGGUACUAAUUCAGGUAAUUCUAGUCAUCUCGCUGCUGCCAAAGCCAAUGAGCUCCGGUGUGUGA